AUUAUGGGAGAGAGAGGGGGAGAGAGAAAAGGAUGACAGAGAGAGAGAGUGUGUCUGUCAGUGUGACACUGAAAGACACAGACCUACAGCCGACCGCAGGCUGUGUACAAAAACAAACGAAAAUCAAAACCGAGAAACAAAAUUCAGAGAGGGAGCGCGCUGAGUCACGCCUGAACCUAUCUGACAGGAAGCACAGUAGGCAUGGCGGCCGUGGACGUGGAGAGGAUAAUUCAGUGCAUCAAGGACGGGGAUCAAGACGGUGUUCAGGCUCGGCUGAAGGAAUACAACACAGAGUACGCAGAGUGCUUCUUCUACAAUGUGGAGGAAAAGGAGAGGAGGAAGCAACGGGAACUUGAAGAGUUCAGGCGGAAUAAAGUGAGGGAGUAUGUCCCGGACUCGGACUCUGACUUGGACGCGGAUGAAUCCGAAGACCCUGAGCUCAUACUCAGAAGGCGGCUGGCGGCUGCGCUGAUCUGGUUCAUCCGGACGCGGCUGCAGCCGGGCGUGCUGAAGGUGUGCCUGCGCAGCCUGCGCAUCCUGACGCGGGACCGGCAGGCCCUGGCCCCGCUGGUGACCGACACGGCCCUCCUGACGCUGGCCCGCUACGGGGGCAUCAGCGCCCUGCCGCCGCCCCGCGAGGAGGACAGGGACGUGGAGCUCUACACUUACAUCAGCGAAAUCAGCGUCUCCGCCUUGCGCGCCCGGAGCGAGGCCAAGCCCGGCUCCGCUAGUCCAGACGCUGACGAUGCCCCCGGCGACGACAAUGCCGCCGGAUCUCCCAGCGUGCAUUGCGCCACCGCAGCCGAGACCCCGGCCCGCGGCGCGCAGGCUGACCCCGCUCCGGCCCCCUGUUCCGGAACCUUCUCUCCUCCCCGCGGUGAGAAGGCGGAGGCCGGCGGGACGGAGUGCCGGGCUGGGACAGCUGGUCACGGCGCGUGUGACGACAAGUUUGAGUCGCACGCGGUGCUCGCCAGGGGUAAGAGGGACGCCGGAAAAGAGAGAGGGGAAGAGGAGGAGGAGGAGGAGGAAGGGGAGGAUGACAUGGAGGUGUGGAGGAAGGAGGCCAUGAAGGCUCUGUGCAACGUCAUCUACAACAGCCAGAAGGCGCAGGAGAGAGCCAGCACCCUGAGAUUGCUGUCGGGCUUGUCAGAGAGGCUGAAAAGGGGCACCCAGGGUCCAGAGCCCCCUAGUGGCCAGUUUUAUGAUCUGCGACUCCUUUUCCUUCUGACAGCCUUGAGGCCGGAGCUGAGGUCACAACUUCAGAAGGAGAGAGGAGUGUCCCUGUUAACAGCCGCUCUGGAGCAGUGCCUGGAAGUGCAGUGGGGAGAAGGUAAUGAGGUGCUCAGGGAUCCUACAGCGCCCCCUGUGUCCAAGGAGGUGUCACAGCGUGCCAUGGAAAUACUCAAGACCCUGUUCAACAUCACAUAUAACAGUCACAGGCAACAGCCUAACGAGGAAGACGCUGCUCUCUAUCGCCGCCUGGCGGCUGUUCUGCACCACUGCCUGUUGCUGCUCUGCGAUGGGGAAGAGAGGACUGAGGAACUGCAGGGGCACACGGUGAACGUUCUGUCAGCCCUGCCCCUGCAGUGCCUGGACGUGCUUCUGUCCGUCCGUCUGUCAGAGGGCUCGCGCGAGUGGGAGGGCGUGAACAUGGACUGCGUGCACGCCCUGCUGCUCUUCAUGGAGAAGAGGCUGGACAGGGGGCAUAAGCUGAAAGAGAAGCUGACUCCAGUGCUGAACCUGCUGACAGAGAGCUGCAGAGCCCACAGGGAGACCAGGCACUACCUCAAACAGCAGAUCCUACCCCCCCUGCGGGACGUGACCUGCAGGCCGGAGCAGGGACCCACGGUGAGGGGGCGGCUGGUGCGCCUCAUGACCCACGUGGACACGGACGUCAAGCAGUGCUCCGCCGAGCUGCUGUUCGUCCUGUGCAAGGAGAAUGUCUCCAGGUUUGUGAAGUACACGGGUUAUGGCAACGCGGCAGGGCUCCUGGCCGCGCGCGGGCUGCUGGGCGGGGCGGCCGGGUCGGGGGCCCGGACCCCGCCGGGGGGCCCCCGGUACUCCAGCGACUCCGACUCGGACACGGAGGAGUACCGGGAGGCCAAGGGGCGGAUCAACCCGGUGACGGGCAGGGUGGAGGAGGCGCAGCCGGACCCCAUGGCGGGCAUGACGGAGGAGGAGAAGGAGGAGGAGGCCUGCAAGCUGAUCAACAUGUUCAACAGGCUCUCGCGGGACAACAUCAUCCAGCCCAUGGGGGUGACCGCAGACGGAAGACUAGCGCCACUCUGUGGACAGAUGAGGGACGUCAGGCUCGCGGAGGAAAGGGAAUCUGAGGAAGAGAGCGAUGAAGUGGACUAAGAAACAGAAAAUGAGAGUUAGCAAUCAUAGAUACCUUAAACAGAGAGCCAACCUUAGGGGAGCCACGACAACACGAGGAAGCACUGAGAACUGAAGAGAAAGAAAUUACUGUACGUGACCUAAAAACAAUAUUACUGAACAGACAUAAAGCAAACACAGAUAAUUCCAUUUUCAUCAAGGGGGGGAUGUAAAACCAGAUAGACGAAGAGUAGAAUCAAACUUAAUCCAAAUGAUGUUCACAGUAAUGCACAAUCAGACAAGUCAGUCUGCUCCGACCUAUGUUUUUUUGCUGAGUAAUGUUAACAGAAAAUGAUUGUUUUCACCGUACACGUAUUGUAUUGACGUAGUUGUACGUGUUGUUGAAUUUACAGGGAAAUAGCACAAGUUACUGGCCAACUGUAUCCUUCCUGAGAAUAAAUGUGAUGCCAGGUAGCGUAUCCUGCUAA